UUUAAUGAAAUAUAAAUGAAAAAAAGAGAAAGUCUUACUCCAAAUGAUAAAUUAUGUCAUUUCUUUUCUCCAGUAAAUUUCACGACAAAAUGUUUCGGUGAUUUGGGAUGUUUCUAUACCGGUCCUCCUUGGUACCAUCCUCUGUACAGACCAAUAAGUGUACCACCGCAAGAACUGCAGACGAAGUUUCUGUUGUAUACACGCUCCAAUAAAGAGGAGCCCUAUUAUCUGGAACCAACACUUGAAUCACUGCUAAAGUCUCCUUUCAAAGAUAAUUUACCAAUAAAAGUACUGGCUCACGGAUUGGGAGCUCACCCAGAUAAAUUUAUAGGUACAAUGCAAGAGCUCCUGAAGUAUUCCUCUUACAAUGUAAUCUUAGUCGACUGGUCACGUGAAGCAAGCGGUACUCCACCUCAGGCAACUGCCAACACCAGAUUGGUCGGAGCGUAUACAGCUAAACUUCUUCUUUUCAUAAUGGAGCAUACUGGAUUGAAACCAGAAGACAUCCAUCUGAUUGGUCACAGCCUUGGUGGUCACCUGAUUAGUUACGUUGGAGAGAGAAUUAACAAUUUGGGCAGAAUCACAGGCUUGGAUAUAGCAGGUCCAUACUAUGAUAAUGCACCCAAAGAAGUUCGUUUAGAUAGGAGUGAUGCUAUCUUUGUUGAUAUUAUACAGACGAACCGUGGAAGAAGUUUUUUUGAGGGUGCUAGCUUAGAUGAAAUGGUUGGACAUGCCGUCUUCUCCCCCAACGGUGGUAAUCGUCAACCAGGCUGCCAUUACACACCGACCACACGUCCUCGUGGCUGUUUUGCUCAAACGGUUGGAAAACUAUGCAGCCACAGAAAAUCUAUAGAAUAUUUUCAGUCUUCCAUCAAUACUUGUCGCUACACUUCAUAUGCAUGCAUCGCCUACCAAGCAUUUAGGGAAGAUGCCUGUAAUCAUACUCCAUUCACGAACAGGAUGGGAUUCCACGCUGUCAAACCACCUUAUCAGCUCAAUUAUUUCUUGGACACCACCGGUAAGGCUCCCUACUGUGAAGCCAAAUAAUUUCUGUAAUCCUCUGAUUGUUAUGUAGUUAUGAAUCCUCAUUAAAUUAUGAAGUAGAUUGCAUUUAUUUCAGUAGCAUUCUUCCUUAAUUUAUACGGC